CAGACGUUUUUUUUUUCAAUACGUCCCGUCAUUUAUUCCAAAUAUAAUGCCGAGUCUUUAGAAAAGUGAGCACUUAUAACGCAUUUAGUAAAGAUGGGUGGUGAUCUCGAGAAAGUAUACCUCGAUUCUGAUAAAAACAAAAAGAUUGUAUACCCAGUUGCAAUCAUUUUGCUGCUAUUGAUCUGUAUAGUUUUAGGCGUACUAUACGGCCUCUGUGUAUCAACCAAAGAGCCUUGUACCUUGUGUUAUAAUGAAGGAACAUUGAUCCAGGAAAACAAUACAUGCACCUGUGUUGAGGGAUACGGUGGAGAAUGCUGUGAUUGUGAGAUACAGGACUGUGAAGUGACCCCAUGGAGUGAGUGGUCAACCUGCACGCAGGUGUGUGGACCUCAAGGUACGCGAUUUAGAAAUCGUAGUGUGGCCACGCACCCUGCUUGCGGUGGAGCCCCGUGUUUUAGGAUCUUAUUAUAUGAGGAAGAGGGGUGUAACAGGAAAUGUUACAACAACGGAACUCUGGACGACGACGAGGAUUCAUGCACGUGUCCAGAUGGAUACAGUGGACAUUGCUGUGGGUGCAAGAUCCAAGAUUGUGUUAUGACACCUUGGAGCAAUUGGUCGGCGUGCUCUCACGCGUGUGGGCCGCAUGGAAUGGCAAAACGAACGCGUGAUGUAGAAACUGUACCCACGUGUGGCGGAGCCGAAUGUUCUGGAGUACUUAUCCAGCAAAAGCCAUGUAAUAGGAUGUGUGACAAUGAUGGAAUUUUGAACAACGACGCGGGUGAAUGCAAGUGCCCAGACGGGUUCAGUGGUCAGUGCUGUCAAUGCGAGAACGUCGACUGUCAACUUAGCAACUGGACUGACUGGUCAACGUGCGACAAUGCAACGCGUCAAGAACGAUCACGCUACGUUAAGAGAUACCCGAAAUGCGCAGGGAAUGAGUGUGAUGGAUCACUGACUGAAGAUCGUUCAUGUGAAGUGACACAGUUAAAACAAGAGUUGCUGGUGUAUAAAUGGUCGGUGGGGUCGUUAGCAGUGGUGAUUGGUAUAUCGAUGUUGGUUGUGAUCAUCUACUGUAUUAUCAGGAGGAAAAGAAACUUCUAAAUCUGAAGAAAGCAGGAGGAAAAGAAACUUCUAAAUCUGAAGAAAGUUAUCACGAGAAUAAAAGAUCAUCGAAUGACCCAGCGGCAAAAUGACCAAUGACAAUCUUUAAAAAACAAGACUUAAGUAUUAUAUUCCCGUACUUUUUUUAUAUUACAAAAUUGUAUUUAUUUAUUCUUAUUAUUAUAUUAUAUUAUGUUUAAAAUUGGUUAAUUUGAUGUAGUUGAUUGAUUAAUUGAUGUUUUUGACUGGUGCACGUUUGUUGGGUAGUUGGUUAAUUGAUUAUUUGGUUGGCUGAUUGUAUUAAAAUUGUAGACCUAUAUAAAAUGAAUACUGUAUAACAAAUAAAAUAUAGAAUAUAUAGAAUUAUAAUAGGCUUUUUGGAACCAUAUUUUAUUUUUAAAGAAGCCUAUUAUGAUAUUGUUAUAGAACACCUUGAAGUAUUUAAGCCUUACAUUAACAUAUUCAUUACUCGAUUAUCAUUAUCAAUUAUUAUAAAUACGACAUUUCUAUUUGAAAGAAACGCUCAAGGCAGAAACUUACGGUAGCCUAUGAUUUUCAUUUUGUAUUUUUUAAUAUUUUGUGGUAAUUUAUUUAUUACGCUUCAUCACUGCACAGAGAACAAAAAUACAAGGAAAACAACACACAAAAAGCCGCGAAAAGAAAGGGAUGAACAAAUGUCAACAAGCACCUCUAUCUACACCAUCCCCCCCCCCCCUCGGGAACAAAAUUAACCUCACAUCAAACAGAGAAGAAAUGUGGAAAAUUGCACAUAUGUUUUUUUACACUAAAAAAAUAUAUAUACAAAAGAUAUAUAAACACGUUGCGUUUUUAAGAGAUGACGUAUAUUUAUGCCUAUAUUUAUAAACUUUUGGAAAAUCCAUGCUUUGUGGGUGGCGUUAUGCAGUGCUUCACUUGUGUAUAGUUAGUGUAGAGAGUUGUUGAUCUUCUCCGUAACAUGGAGGAAAGAACUACCCUUACGUUGCCUAAUGACAGUUUCACUGUUGAUUCAUGAAUAAAAACUAUCCAGUUGAAUUGUCAGUAAUUAAUAUCACUAAUAUAUAUAUAUAUAUAUAUCAUUAAUAUAUUAUUGAUUGAUUGAUUGAUAUUUAUAUCACAGACAUCUAUGUUACUUGUGGUAAUACACGCAUCACUUGAAUGGUGUGUAUCAAUUAUUAGUUUUAUAAUUGAUUGAUCAAUCGAUUGAUUGAGCUGUUGGUUAAAGAUUCAGCAUGUUUCAACAUAUAGAUUACUGAUUAAAGAUGGCUAUUUAGUUGAUUGAUUGAUUGAUUGAUUGAUUGAUAGAUUGAGUAGUUAGUUAAUGGCUCAUUGAUUAAUUAGAUAAUGGCUCAUUGAUUGAUUGAUUAGUUAAUGGCUCAUUGAUUGAUUGAUUGAUUGAUUGAUUAGUUAGUUAAUGGCUCAUUGAUUGAUUGAUUGAUUGAU